GGAGUGUGCAGCAUAUCGUUUUAUUGUUUUAUUUUAUUUUUAGUCAUAAAAUUGUAGACUUGUAACGCUGUAAAUCCACCCUGCUGCGUUAUAUUUUCGCACUUUCACACGUUCAGUUUUUUAUUCAGUUUGCUGUAUACUUUAUUUAUUGUGGAGUAUUAUUUACUCGGUAUUUAAUAAUGUCAUCUAAUCAACCAUACUCACCUUUUAUGUCUCAUCGCUUCAACAUGAACCUGCUGGUCAGGCCCUUUUCCGCGCACAUCAAACCCGCACAUGUCACCGCCUCCAUGAUGCCAAGGGUUCAUACCGGAAGUGUAAAGUUUUUCGACUCCGGAAAGGGUUUUGGAUUUAUUAUCCCUCACAGGUCCAUUGACGGGAAUGCCGAAGUAUUCGUGCACCAUACAGUCAUCCACAACAAGGGCGGCUUCAAGAGCCUGGCCGAAGGUGAGGUGGUCGAGUUUAACGCAACGCGGGUGACCGGCCCAAACGGCUCUUUUGUGCAGGGCGAGCGGUACCCUCGAUUUAGGCCAAAGGAGCUCGAAGGCAAUGCUGACAGCGCUCGAUCAGUGGCUGUUGGCCCUUAUUUUGGUUACCCUCACUACCCACUGCCGCCAAUGCAAGCCAAUUACCCACAAGUUAUAGCUUACAGUAACCAAAUGGCACAGUCGGACUUUGGUGUAUUUGCCUACCCGGGUGUACAAUCGGGAAACCUGGGGUUUAUGCUUCCCCAGCCGACGCCUACUAAUUCUUUCGCCGAAGAAAACUCGCACGCUCAGCCAUCUAUUACACAACAGUACUACAGCACAGGUCUACCGGCGUAUUAUCCGCAGCAGCAGCAGCAGCAAACGGUAAUUAGCGCUCCGUUUGCUAGACAGAUGCCAGAGCUGUACAGAACGUCGGCGUUUACGUCGCAGCCAGCUAUAACCACAACAACGAUGUCGUACACCGUGCCGAACAACUACCCAGCUUCGACCAUGUCCCAUCAAUCUCAGGAGUUUACGGCAUCGUUUAGUCGCAAGAGCUCGGGACUCUCGAUGGCACAGCCGAACUCCAGCGUUCAACUUUAAAAACAUUAAUCCUUUUGUUGCAGUUGUAGCCAUACAUACCAAAUUUCAGAAUUUCUAUACUUUCUAUACUUAUUUAUUUAUAAAAAAAU